AUGCCAUGUAGAUAUACCGAGGCACACGAACAAGACCGAGUCUUACCGAUAACACCCGAAAAUCAAAUUGUUGUGCAGCACGAUGGACAUUCUCACGAGCAAACCCGGAAUAAUCAACACACUCCUUUUAUCAAUAAACGGGUGAUUAAUAAAAACGAAAAAAAACAUGGCUGGUCACAAGAAGAAUUAGAAACUAGCUAUUGGAUCAAUGAUGCUGAAAAAACACUGAAAAAAAAAUUGGAAAAUAAAAUAAAUACAAAUAAAGCAAAAAAUAUAAUAUUUUAUCUUGGUGAUGGAAUGUCUAUUCCAACAUUAACGGCUGCUCGGAUUUAUCAAGGUCAACUCGAAGGAAAAUCAGGCGAAGAAGGUCAAUUAUUUUGGGAGCAAUUUCCAUACUCUGGUCUAUCAAAAACAUGGUGUUUGGAUAAACAAGUUGCAGAUUCAGCUUGUACAAGUACUGCAUACAUGUGUGGUGUUAAAACAAAGUAUGCAACACUUGGUAUCAAUGGACAUGUUGAAUUUGGAGUAUGUUCAACUCAACUAAACAAAACGAACCACGUUAAUUCAAUAUUAAAAUUAGCCCAAGAUCAGGGUAGGUCUGCCGGAAUUGUAACAACAAUGAGAGUAACUCAUGCAUCACCAGCUGGAGCUUAUGCUCACAGUGCUCAUCGUGAUUGGGAAAGUGAUCAUGACAUUAAAAAAUAUCUCAAGGAAAAUUAUACACAAGAAUGCAUGGACAUUGCAACUCAAUUAAUAACACAAGAUCCAGGCAAUAAAUUCAGUGUUAUAAUGGGUGGUGGACGACAAAAAUUUCUACCAAAUGGUACAAUGGAUGAAGAAAAUCGUGAAGGUCAACGACAAGAUAAUAUUAAUUUAAUUAAAGAAUGGAAAAAAGAUAAAGCUAAUCGAGGUUUAAAUUAUCUUUAUGGCUGGAAUAAAGCAAUGAUUGAUGAAAUAAAUCGACACCCAGAAAGAUAUGAUUCUGUCUUGGGACUUUUUGAGUCAACAAACAUGAAAUUUCACUUGGAAGCAUCACCUAAUACUGAGCCAACUCUGACUGAAAUGACCGAGGCUGCUAUUAAAAUUUUAAGCAAAAAUAAAGAAGGAUUUGUUCUUUUUGUUGAAGGUGGACUUAUUGAUCACGCUCAUCAUUCUAAUUAUGCAACAAUUGCACUUGAUGAAACAGUCGAGUUUGCAAAAGCUGUUAAAGCUGGAUAUGAAGCAACAUCUCAAGAUGACACACUGAUUGUUGUAACAGCUGAUCAUUCACAUACAAUGUCUAUUGCUGGUUAUCCAAAACGUGGAAAUAAAAUACAAGGAAUCAAUUUCAAUGAAGAUGGUCUUCCCUACUCGACACUCAACUAUGCAAUUGGACCAGGAUACAAACAAUCAAACGAACACAUCACACAAAAUGAGACAGAUAAUAUUCGCUUCAAGUUUCCUUCGUUGAUUAAACGUAAAGAAGGGACUCACGGUGGUGAUGAUGUUGCUAUUUUUUCAAGUGGACCCUGGGCUCAUCUUUUCACUGGAAGUAUUGAACAGAGCUUGAUUCCUCAUCUACUUGCUCAUGCUGCAUGUUUGACACCUGAUUCACACUGCUCUAAUAUUUCAACUUGA